GUUUCCACGUCUUCCUUUUUUCUAUCAUUAUUAAGUACAUCAAAAUAUGGAUAUUCAAUCGUUUUCCCUAAUAUUAGUUUAGGUGUAAAAGGAGAUGGUCGUUUCUAUUACGAGGCAAGAGUAGUCGAAUCCAAUGGUCUGGCUCGAAUUGGUUGGACAACUGAGGAUGGAAGCCUCUUGGUUGGGACAGACGCUUUCGGUUUCGGUUAUGGGUCAGAUAUUGACAACUAUGGCGAGAGCUUUGGAGAAGGCGAUGUUAUUGGCUGCUUCCUCGACCUGACACAACGCACAAUUCGAUGGGCGAAAAAUGGUCAUCCUUUCGGUGAUGCUUACCACCUUCCUGAUAAUUUCGCAACCGUUUUAGCUUCUAAUGGAAGCCCUGUUGCCCGUAGAAUUGCCUUCUUCCCAACCGUCGCUCUUAACAAUUCAACCGUUGAGCUCAAUUUUGGCGAUUCCCAAUUCAGCUACUUCCCUGGGGUAUAUUUGCUCAGAUAUUCUUAUCAUUAG